UACCAGAUGAAUAGAAACGAAGUGCCCUCGCGAACGGGAUAACGUGCUGCAGUAAUAUUGUAGAUGGAUGUAAGCACCGGGGGUGUGUCGUACGACUCCGCCAAAUUAGUUCGGGGCGGGGGAGCUGCCCGCUACCCCGCCAGCCUAGGGGUUUAUCAGAUUCAGGGGGUAAAAAAUGACUUCUCAAUGGGAGGUAGCAGGGCGGUGACGAGUAGUCUGCGUCGGCGCCAAGCGAGCGUGGGCGGCGCUGCCACGUGGGGCUUUGUAGCGCGCCGGGACGCCCGCCGCCGAUGCCGCGCCGUUUUGAUGCAGUAUUAGAUCCAAAACAUUGUUUCUGCAACGGAAUGGCUUGUAGAGUGGAGCUGUGUUUACGGACAUAGUGCAUUCAUGGAAGGAUACGGUGACGUUGAGUGCGUGUCUCGUGCAGGGCAGAUGGACGCUUUAGAAACCAUGCACCCGCUGGAUCCGCCGCCUCCUGAUGUUCUGUUGGCACUGCUCGCGAGGAACAAGGCGCUAGAAGCCAGUAUCCCGAAGUGCGGCGGCUGCCACGAGAUGAUAGUGGACCGAUACGUGCUGAAAGUGUCAGACCGAACGUGGCAUGCGGGCUGCCUGCGCUGCGUCGAGUGCCGCGCCAUGCUCUCCGGCAAGUGCUUCGCGAGGAACAACCAGCUUUAUUGUACAGAUGACUUUUUCAAGCGGUUCGGCACAAAAUGCGCGGGCUGCGGGCAGGGCAUCCCCCCCACACAGGUGGUGAGGAGGGCGCAGUCGCACGUGUAUCACAUGCGCUGCUUCGCGUGCGCGGCGUGCGCGCGGACGCUGAACACGGGGGACGAGUUUUAUCUGAUGGAGGAUGGGAAGCUAGUCUGUAAGCCGGACUACGAAGCGGCUAGAGCCAAAGGCGGGGAAGGAUCAAUAGACGGUGACGCAGCAAGUAAGCGGCCACGAACGACGAUCACGGCGAAGCAACUAGAAACUCUGAAGAGCGCGUACAGCAGUAGUCCGAAACCUGCACGCCAUGUCAGAGAGCAGCUCGCGCAGGACACGGGACUGGACAUGCGCGUCGUGCAAGUGUGGUUUCAAAACAGACGAGCGAAAGAGAAGCGACUAAAGAAGGACGCGGGGCGCACGCGCUGGUCGCAGUACUUCAGGUCGAUGAAAGGCGGCGGCAGCGGGUCGCCGCGCCACGAGCGGCUGCUAGACAAAGACGAGCUGAAGAUAGACCUGGAUUCCUUUAGUCAUCAUGAUCUCAGUAACGAUAGCUAUAGUACGGUAGCGCUGGGUGGCGACGAGGGCUCGCCAGCGGGCGGCGGUGGCGCGGGCGCUACCGGCGGCGCGCGCUACGCCGCAACGCCGCCGUACCUGCGCGCGCAUUCACCACCCCCGCAUCCACACUACCACUACCCGCCAGACCACCUCGUUUACACUAAUAUUGGUCAAGCCAUGAGUGGCGCAGGAAUAGGCGCGGGCGGUGCGUCGGAUCUCAGCAGUUCGUCGUCUCCAGCCGCUGGUGCUUAUCCCGACUUCCCGCCUUCCCCCGACUCGUGGCUCGGAGAGCCUCACCACUAUUCACCCAGAGGCUUCCCCUAGCGACGGCCGCCGCCGGCGCACGCGCAGCCCGCGCCCCCGCCGCUCCCCGCGCCCUACCCCCCGCUCGCGCUCGCGCAGCCGCUCGAGCUCGUCGUCAAGCGGGAGAUGUGAUCUCCGACUGACCCGUGACGAUGAGACGAGAUGCCAAUAAGUUGAUAAGGAUCUAACUGGAAUUGGAUACUUUAAGCAAAAUGAACGUUUUUUAAACAUGAACACUAAAAAUCAUGCCAACUUAUACCACGGUUUACGAUUUUGAAGUAAAUUACGGAUACAGUUACCGUUACCACUUUGUGUCACACGGUUUUUGCAUGUUGUGGUGUUUUGUGGUGUGAUGGAUGUAUCCUCAAAUGUGAGCACAAAAUAAGCAUUUUGAAUCGCCUUACUAGUAGCAAGGUAUUCUGUAAAUAAAUUAUUAGAAUUCAAAUAUU